AUGGGCUACACUACUCUCUGGAAGAGGCUGUCGCCCCGAAACCUCAACAUCGCCAUCCAGGUCUUCUCCCUCAUCAGCAUCUUCUUCGAGGGCUAUGACCAGGGCGUCAUGGGCGGCGUCAACGCCUCGCCGCGCUAUGUCGCCGAGGUCGGCAUCGGCCUGCCGGAUGGCACCGUCACCGACACGGUUCACCAGGGCGGCAUCGUCUCCAUCUACUACCUGGGCUGCAUCUUUGGCUGCUUUGCCGGCGGGUGGGCUGCCGAUAGGAUCGGCCGGAUCAACGGGUAUCUCAAACCCCCUUCUUCAAAUCUGCGUUGCCGUGAACACUUUCUAAUCAGCCUGCAUGGUCCCAGUCUUUUCCUUGGGUCUUUCUUUGCACUCGUUGGCGGUGCCCUUCAGGCGGCAACCCAGUCCAGUGACUUCAUCCUGGUAGCUCGCGUGGUGACGGGAGUCGGGACAGGCGCCCUGACCGGAAUCACGCCCGUGCUUGUCUCCGAGACAUCAACCGCCAGCCACAGGGGCGGCUAUCUCGGCUACGUCUUCAUCGCCAACUACCUGGGCAUCGCCGUCGCAUACUGGAUCUCGUUCGGGCUGGCCUUUGUCAACGACGGCUAUUCAGACGUGCGCUGGCGGUUUCUGCUGGCCUUCCAGUGCUUCCCAGCCCUCCUUCUGCUCGCCGGCAUCCGGCUGCUGCCCGACAGCCCGCGAUACCUCGCCUCCGUCGGCCGCUUCGACGACGCCCGCGAGGUGUUGGAGCAUGUGCGCGGCAACUACGGCCCGGAAGUGCAGAGAGAGUUUCGCGAGAUCACCGCCGUCGCCAGAAGCAGCCAGAAGAGCUCGCCGCUGCAGUUCGCCAAGAUCCUGGCUGGCAAGGGCGGCAAGCCGGGCCACCACCUCGGCAGGCGGUCGUGGCUGUGCUUGAUCCUGCAGAUCAUGGCCUCGUGGACCGGCAUCACCGCCGUCACGGCUUACUCUCCCGUCCUCCUCUCCGCCGCCGGAUACAACGACCUCACGCAGAACGGCCUGGCAGGCGGCCUGAGCACCGUGGGCAUCAUCGGAACCAUCAUCAGCGCCCAGAUUGUCGACCGGCUGGGCCGCCGCACGUGUCUGAUGGGCGGCGCGUUCGGCCUGUUCGCCGUGAACCUCGUCGCCGCGAGCGUGUACGAGGCCGCCAGGGCGCAGCCGGAAAAGGCGGCGUCGUACGCCCCGGCCGCCGUGACCAUGUUGUUUCUCUUCAACAUCUGCUAUGCCGCGACCUGGGGCACCGUCGCCUUCCUCGUGCCCACCGAGAUCUGGCCGUCCGACAUGCGGGCGCAGGGCAACGGCUUCGGCAUCACCGGCUGGGCUAUUGGUGUCGGCUGGACUGUCUUGGUCAACCCUGUCAUGUUCGGAAAUCUUGAGAAUAGGACGUACUUCCUCUUUGCAGCGCUGAAUUUGCUGUGGAUUCCCAUCGUAUACUUGUUCUACCCCGAAACCGCCGACAGAUCGCUCGAGUCCAUCGACGCCCUCUUCUCCACCGACAGCCCCUUCAACUGGAAUAUGGAGAAGGCGUACCGCGAACAUGGCGAUGUCCUCGCGGAGCUGCGGCAGUCGGAUGUCUCAUCUGUGCAGGAAGAUGGAAGUUUUGCGGAUAAGAGUGCGCAGCUUGUUUGA